AUGCUCUCGAAGGGGAUCCACCACUCACCAGGAUAUCCGCAGUUCUAUCACAGGCAGCUCAGUGGCUCUUGCGCACGCAGCUGGAAUCUACCGUCAUCCUCAUCACCAUCUUCUCUGUCCGAUCUAGCCAAACUGGACGAUUUUCGCCGGCCUAGGUCCGUAGCGCCUCAGAGUUCAGCAGCUCCCACACCCGCCAUUUCAGCUUGGUCUGCUGGUGUCCCACACCCUGGCUCUGCGUCUAACGCUCCUGGAAGCCUAAGAUCGAGCAUCAGCACAAACGAGGGACAGCACCAUCUGCCCUUGCUGCACACCAUUUCUGGUAUCGCCAGAACGCCAUUCCCGUCCGAGCUGGUCCCGCCCGACAGUGAACCGAGAGGACUUCCGGCAUCCGGACUCCUGCGCAGCAGAAACCCCGAACAAGCCAGUUUUGACACCCCACGCACCUCUAUUCCAUAUUCGUAUCCCAGCAGUUCCGUCUCGGGCAGCCCAUCCUCAAUUCCAGAUCCAGCAUUCGCGCCAGCACCAUCGUCCUACCUUACAAACCAACCGGACUACUACAUGGCACCGAGCUCUUCCCUAUCACAAACCCCUAACUCGAUACCACACCCGCAAGGUCUUAUGCCUACAGGUACAGUUUACUCGUCGCCCGAGUCCGCGCAAAACUCUUCGGAUCCGGAACAACAGCAAGUUCGUGUCAUCAGCUUUCGGCCAAAACCCCAAUGUUGGGAUCACGGAUGCAAUGGCCGCGAAUUCUCCACCUUUAGCAACCUUCUACGCCACCAGCGAGAGAAAUCGGGCGUUGUAGCGAAGGCAGAAUGUCCCAGCUGUGGUGCUGUUUUUACUCGGACCACCGCCCGAAACAUCCAUGUCGCUCAGGGGAAGUGUAAGGGCAUCGCACGUGAGCCGUCGGCUGAGUGA